GGGAGCGGCCCCGGGAGGCUGCGGGAGGCGCCGCGGACAUGCCCGGGCGGCCCCGGGGACGCCCGCAGUAGUCCUCGCUGUCGGCGGCGCUGGGCGGGGAGCGGCGGGCGAGCUGCCCCCUCCUCCUCCUUCCCCCCUCCUCCUCCUCCUCCCCAUGGAGGGGCCGUACGCGCUGGGGGUGAGCGUGUUCUCGGACCAGGGCGGCAGGAAAUACAUGGAGGACGUGACCCACAUCGUGGUGGAGCCCGAGCCGCCGCCAGGGCCGCACAAAGGCGGAGCGGCGCCCGCAGGCCCCGGCGCCGCCGAGCCCCCGGCCGAGGGCGGGCGGCGCCGGGGGGGGACCCCGCGGGCGGCCGAGGACGGCGCGCAGCCCCCCGGCAGCGGCCCCGGGCGGCGGCCCCGCCGCUCCGUCGCCUUCUUCGCCGUGUGCGACGGGCACGGCGGGCGGGAGGCGGCCCAGUUCGCCCGGGAGAACCUGUGGGGCUUCAUCAAGAAGCAGAAGGGCUUCGGCUCGGCCGAGCCGGCCGAGGUGUGCGCGGCCCUGCGCAAGGGCUUCAUCGCCUGCCACCGCGCCAUGUGGAAAAAGCUGCCAGAGUGGCCCAAGACCAUGACGGGGCUGCCCAGCACGUCGGGCACGACGGCGAGCGUGGUGAUCAUCCGAGGCUCCAAGAUGUACGUGGCACACGUGGGCGACUCGGGGGUGGUGCUGGGGGUCCAGGAUGACCCCAAGGACGACUUUGUGAGAGCUGUGGAGGUCACACAGGACCACAAGCCGGAGCUGCCCAAGGAGAGGGAGAGAAUCGAAGGCCUGGGGGGCAGCGUGAUCAACAAGUCCGGAGUGAACCGCGUGGUGUGGAAGAGGCCCCGGCUGAGCCACAACGGCCCCGUGCGCCGCAGCACCGUCAUCGACCAGAUCCCCUUCCUGGCCGUGGCCAGAGCGCUGGGUGAUCUCUGGAGCUACGACUUCUACAGCGGGGAGUUCGUGGUGUCCCCCGAGCCCGACACGAGCGUUCACACCCUCGACCCCCAGAAGCACAGAUACAUCAUCCUGGGCUCUGACGGGCUCUGGAACAUGAUCCCCCCCCAGGAUGCCAUCUCCAUGUGCCAGGAUCACGAGGAGAAGAAGUACUUCAUGCAGGGAGAGCACCGGCAGUCGUGUGCCAAGAUGCUGGUGAGCCGCGCCCUGGGCCGCUGGAGGCAGCGGAUGCUGCGGGCGGACAACACGAGCGCCAUCGUCAUCUGCAUCUCCCCCCUGCGGGACGGCCCCAGCCCCUGGGAGCAGCAGGAGGAGGAGCUGUACCUCAACCUGGCAGAGGGGCCCUCCUACAGCAGCCCUGACCUCAGCAGCACGAGCCCCUCCCGCUGCUGCACCCCCCCUGUCAAGCUGUCGGAAGAUGAGCCGCGGCUGAGCGCGGAGCCGGUCCCUGCCCUGCUGCGCAGCACGGGGCUCCCAGACAAGCACCCGGAGCUGCCACCCGAGGUUGCCAAGAGCAGCACCGUCCCUGGAGGAGCCCCGAGGGACGCGGGCCCGCAGGAGGAGAAGUGCAGCAAAGCGCUGGCUCUUCGGAUCCAGGAACCCUACCAGGCCGUCAGCCUGGCCCCUUCCCACUCCGCCAACUCAGGCACGGACCAAAAAGGCUUCAAGGUGUCCCCCGCUGGCCCCACCAAAGCGCAGGAGGCGGAGAAAACGCCCGCGGCGAACUUUAAAAGGACCUUGGAGGAGUCCAACUCGGGCCCGGCGCUGAAGAAGCCGCGGCGGGGGCUGGGCCGGGCGCUGGGCCCGCAGGGGGACGGCCCGGCCCGCAGGACCCCCGCCAAGCUGGCCAUGAGGCGCAGCCUGCGCGGGCAGAAGAAGCUCAGCCCGGGGCUCUUCCAGCCGCCCAGGAAAGCCGUGUGCGUGUGCUGAGCAUCCAGAGGAACCCCUGGGAUCCGCAAAGCGCGGCGCUCUCGCUGUUUUUUUAAAAAAGUAGGAACUUUUUUUGGUAUCCGACAGCUUUAUCCACACCCCUCCCUCCCCCCCGGCCUCGUACUUGCUUGUAUUAUAACUGUGAAUUUUGUAGAUGUGUAGGGUAAAAGUCACUGUAAAAUGUGUGUAAAUUUGUAUUCCUUCAUAUAAAUGUAGUCUCUCUCUCUCUCCUUCCUUGUAUAAUUGUUUUAAAACCUUGUUUUAAAAAAAGGAAAAACCAAACACAAAAAGUUAAAAUAAUCCUUUUUGUUAACUUACUAAAAGUCAUCGAUUUGUAUACGCUUCUUGUGAGGAGAAUUUCACAACUUUUUAACUAAAGUAAAUUAUUAAACAGAACGGGAGAUAUGUAUUUUCGUAGUCCAAUAUGUUCCACCUAAGGUGUGUCUUUUAGAGAAUACACUAGGUCUAUAUUUUGGUUUUAAAUUUUAGAUUUCUCUACUCAGAAAUGAAAUGUAUGUGGAAGCAGAGAUUUGGGUCUUGCUUUACACACCUCCAUGUCGAUUUUCUGUUCAUUAAAAUACUAUGCAGUAUCUUACUUAGUUGUAUUUUUUGUAACAAUGAUUGUCAAAAGUAUUUAGCAAAAAAAAAAAGUGUGUUUUAAAAACUCCCAACUCCCCAGAGCAUCUCCAGCAAAGCCAUUCCCACUCCCUGUUCCAAAUGAUGGCAUUUUAUCCAGGCACAACUGCCCUUUGGAGACGUGUUUUCUGGUAUUCCAAUACUGAUGGUGCUGCUAAUACCUUUCAACACAACUUCUUAAAUUAUUUUAUGACUCUUUUCAUUGCCUCUGUGGACCAUGUGUAUGUUCACCUCAAUAAAACACAUGAAAAUCUGA